GGCGUGUAAUAGGAGCUUAAGCACAGUCGCCAUUAACCAGGAGAUCACAGGAGGUGGAGUAAGUGGAGUCCAUCAUCCGUUCGGGGCGCUCGUGGCCUUGGGCUCAUGCGGAUUCAGCACGCUGGACAGCUCUCGCGCGCUCCGAUCGCUCCCGCUUCGGACACCGUUGGGCAGGAAGUGGCCAUCGAUCGCACGUUUUCCUUCGACGGAGCCCGUCUCCCCCCCGCGCCUCCCGCCUCUUCCCCAGCGAGCCGCGGCCGGUGACUGGCGAGUUAAAAGCGGGAGAACCACGUAAGCAGAAACAGUGUCGCUGUGUAGGGGGGUUGGUUGGUUGGUUGGUUGGUUGGUUGGGGGGGAUCGCAGCGCCUGCCUGGCAUCGCGCGUCCUCAUUCACGGCAUCCUCCCGACGUGCCUCGUGCUUUGUAAGAGCCGAGCUCAUCGCAUCGGCCAGCGCAGGAUUUCUCUGACUUUUGCCCACGCAAUACCGUUGGACUUCUCAGGUUUUCGUCGUCCCUCCCUGCUUCCUCUGCAUUCGGCCGAUUUGCGAGGAAACCCUCUGCUCUAAAGCAAUAUGUUGGACCCGUCGUCCAGCGAGGAGGAGUCGGAUGGGAUAGUGGAGGAGGAAAGCAAGGAGGUGAUGGCUCCCCAGGCCGGAUCAGCUCGGAUCUCUCCGAGCAGGACGAGCGACAGCUCCGGUGGUCUGCAGCCCGGCGGUCGGGGUAGCGGCGGCCGCCCGUCGAGCCCCAGCCCCUCGGCCGUGAGCGAGCAGGAGAAGGAGGAGGUGGAGAAGAUGCAGAGGGAGGAAGAGGAGCGAAAGAAGAAGCUGCAGCUCUAUGUCUUUGUGAUGCGCUGCAUCGCUUACCCGUUUAAUGCAAAGCAGCCGACUGACAUGGCCAGGCGGCAGCAGAAGAUUACAAAGCAGCAGUUGCAGACAGUGAAGGACCGCUUUCAGGCCUUCCUCAACGGGGAGACUCAGAUCGUGGCCGACGAGGCCUUCAUCAACGCUGUCCAGAGCUACUAUGAGGUGUUCCUGAAAAGCGAUCGUGUCACCCGCAUGGUGCAAAGUGGUGGCUUCUCCGCCAAUGAUUUGCGAGAGGUCUUCAAGAAACAUAUUGAGAAACGAGUGCGCAGCCUGCCUGAGAUUGACGGCCUGAGCAAGGAAACAGUGCUAAGCUCCUGGAUGGCCAAGUUUGACACCAUUUACCGGGGUGACGAGGACCCGCGCAAGCAGCAGCAGCGCAUGACGGCCAGUGCGGCCUCUGAGCUCAUCCUCAGCAAGGACCAGCUCUACGAGAUGUUCCAGCAGAUCUUGGGCAUCAAGAAGUUUGAGCACCAGCUACUCUACAAUGCCUGUCAGCUGGACAACCUAGAUGAGCAGGCUGCCCAGAUAAGAAGAGAGUUGGAUGGACGACUGCAGAUGGCUGAUCAGAUCGCUAGAGUGGGGAAGUUCCCUAAAUUUGUCUCCAAGGAGAUGGAGGCAAUGUUUAUCGAAGAGCUUAAGUCUUCCGUCAAUCUUCUGAUGGCUAACCUGGAGAGCAUGCCAGUGUCCAAGGGUGGGGAUUUCAAGCUUCAGAAGCUGAAAAGAGGCCACAAUACCUCCAUCAUUGACAUGGGUCAAGAGGACGAGAAUCAGCUCUCCAAGUCCGACGUGGUGCUUUCAUUCACCCUGGAGGUCGUCAUCAUGGAAGUUCAGGGGCUGAAGUCUCUGGCUCCCAACCGAAUCGUGUACUGUACCAUGGAGGUGGAGGGUGGGGAGAAACUGCAAACGGACCAGGCCGAGGCCUCCAAACCAACCUGGGGGACUCAAGGGGAUUUCACCACAACUCACCCACUCCCCGUGGUGAAGGUGAAGCUCUUCACGGAGAGCACAGGAGUGCUGGCACUUGAGGACAAGGAACUGGGCAGGGUUGUGCUGCACCCAACUCCUAACAGCCCCAAGCAACCUGAGCUGCAUAAAAUGACGCUGACCAAGGCCUGCCCGGACCACGACCUGAAGAUCAAGCUGGCUAUCCGUAUGGACAAGCCACAGAACAUGAAGCAUUCUGGGUACCUGUGGGCAUUUGGGAAAAACGUGUGGAAGAGAUGGAAAAAACGGUUCUUCGUUUUGGUGCAGGUGAGUCAGUACACCUUUGCCAUGUGCAGCUACCGGGAGAAGAAGGCUGAACCCCAGGAGCUGCUCCAGCUGGACGGAUACACUGUGGACUACACUGAUCCUCAGCCAGGUCUAGAUGGCGGUAGGGCUUUCUUCAAUGCAGUGAAGGAGGGAGACACUGUGAUCUUUGCCAGCGACGAUGAGCAGGACCGCAUCCUGUGGGUUCAGGCCAUGUACCGGGCCACUGGCCAAUCCCACAAGCCUGUCCCACCCACCCAGGUCCAGAAGCUCAAUGCCAAGGGAGGGGCGGCUCCACAGAUGGAUGCUCCCAUUUCUCAGUUCUAUGCGGACAGAGCUCAGAAACACGGGAUGGACGAAUUUAUCUCGGCUAAUCCAUGUAGCUUUGACCAUGCCUCCCUUUUCGAGAUCUUGCAACGACUCACCUUGGACUACAGGCUCAAUGACUCCUACUCCUGCUUGGGGUGGUUCAGUCCGGGCCAAGUGUUCGUUUUGGAUGAGUACUGUUCCCGCAAUGGCGUGCGUGGCUGCCACAGGCAUAUCUGUUAUCUCAGCGACCUACUGGAACGGGCAGAAAAUGGGGCCAUGAUUGACCCCACCCUGCUGCACUACAGCUUUGCCUUCUGUGCCUCGCACGUCCAUGGGAACAGGCCAGAUGGAAUAGGGACUGUAAAAGUGGAGGAGAAAGAACGGUUUGAAGAGAUCAAAGAGCGGUUGUGUGUGCUUUUGGAGAACCAGAUCACUCACUUCAGGUAUUGCUUUCCCUUUGGUCGGCCCGAAGGAGCGCUGAAGGCCACCUUGUCUUUACUAGAAAGGGUUCUUAUGAAGGAUAUUGUAACCCCAGUUCCACAAGAAGAGGUUAAAGGGGUUAUUCGUAAAUGUUUGGAACAAGCCGCACUGAUCAAUUACCAGCGUCUGUCUGAGUACGCUAAGAUUGAAGGGAAAAAGAGAGAAAUGUAUGAGCACCCUGUCUUCUGCUUGGCGUCACAAGUGAUGGAUUUGACCAUUCAAAACGUAGGCCGCUUAGUCACACCUGCCAAAAAGCUGGAAGAUGCGAUUCGCCUGGCGGAGUUGGUUAUUGAGGUCCUUCAGCAGAACGAGGACCACCACGCAGAGGCUGCAGUCACAAGUACUGGAGAUCAAUCGGCCUUUGCCUGGUGGUCGGACCUGAUGGUGGAGCAUGCUGAGACCUUCCUGUCUCUCUACGCGGUGGAUAUGGAUGCUGCCUUGGAGGUGCAGCCCCCUGAAAGUUGGGACAGUUUCCCGCUCUUCCAGCUGCUCAACGACUUCCUCCGGACUGACUAUCACCUGUGCAAUGGGAAGUUCCACAAACACCUGCAGGACCUGUAUGCCCCGCUUGUGGUUAGAUAUGUGGACCUGAUGGAGUCUUCCAUUGCACAGUCAAUACAUAGGGGCUUUGAGCGCGAGUCGUGGGAACCUGUAAAGAGUUUAACAAGUAAUCUGCCCAAUGUGAAUCUGCCAAAUGUGAAUCUCCAAAUUCCCAAAGUACCAAAUCUGCCCGUCCCAGUAGCAGGACUAUCAGUUAACCUCCCACAAAUGCCUAGCUUUUCUACCCCGUCUUGGAUGGCCGCUAUUUAUGACUCUGACAAUGGUUCUGGGACCUCAGAAGACCUCUUCUGGAAGCUGGAUGCCCUGCAGACCUUCAUUCGGGACUUGCACUGGCCAGAGGAGGAGUUUGCCAAGCACCUGGAGAACCGUUUGAAGCUCAUGUCUAGUGACAUGAUAGAGUCCUGUGUCAAACGUACAAGGGUGGCGUUUGAGACAAAGCUCCAGAAGAGCAGCAGGACGACAGAUUUCCGCAUCCCACCUUCAAUAUGCACCAUGUUCAACGUGAUGGUGGAUGCCAAGGACCAUUCUGCCAAGCUGUGUGCCAUGGAGAUGGGCCAGGAGAAACAGUACCAUUCCAAAAUCGACGAUCUCAUCGAAGAAACUGUUAAAGAGAUGAUAUCUCUUUUGGUGGCAAAGUUUGUAGUUAUUCUGGAGAGUGUUCUGGCUAAGCUGUCCAGAUACGACGAGGGCACGCUCUUUUCAUCCUUCCUAUCUUUCACAGUGAAAGCAGCCUCAAAGUAUGUGGAUGUUCCCAAGCCUGGGAUGGACGUGGCAGACGGCUAUGUGACCUUCGUGCGCCACUCACAGGAUAUUCUGCGAGAAAAGGUCAAUGAGGAGGUGUACAUAGAAAGGUUAUUUGAUCAAUGGUACACCAGCACCAUGAACCUUCUGGCAACAUGGCUGACUGACCGCAUGGACCUCCAGCUCCAUGUCUAUCAGCUUAAAAUCCUCAUCAGGAUUGUGAAGAAAACAUACCGGGAUUUUCGUCUGCAGGGAGUGCUCGACUCCACCCUCAACAGCAAAAUGUAUGAAACAGUGCGCAAUAGGCUAACGAUGGAAGAAGCUGCUGCGUCUGUGCGGGAGGGCGGCAUGCAGGGCAUCUCCAUGAAGGACAGCGACGAGGAAGAUGAGGAGGAUGACUAGAGAGCCUGUGCUGUUCUCCUUUGGCUCAGCCUGAAGAACCAAUGCAUGUACCAACUCUUGUUAUUCAGUUAGCCACUCUAGGAACCUGUCCGCUCUAAAUGCCCAUGAAGGAAGUAUAACAAUAACAGUAAUAAUUAUACUAAUGAAAAUAAUAAUGAAUUUAAAACCAUUAUUGACAUUUUAGCUGUGUUUUAAUAAUGUUAGCACUGAUUUUGACUCAUUGAUUUGUAAAUUCAUUCCUAUGUGUUCCUAAGCAAUAUGGAGUACCAUUUGUUUGACAAUGUUGAGUGAGAUAAUUAGGAACUCUUUCUAGGUGUGUCCCUGUUAAAUGCAAUCCUAUAUGGCGCUUCUUUAACGUUCUUUACAUACAUCGAUGGUACAUGUUGUGAAGAUGAGUGUAUGGACCCCUUGUCUUGUUCGUUUUUAAGUGGAUGCCAACUGUUUAAAAUUGAGAAGAUGCAUCUUCUGUAUUUAAGUUUGAUGCUGUUAGUGUUUUCAUCCGCUGAGCACCUCCGUUGUUGUACCUCAAUGCUAUUAAAGUUUCCGUCCCUUUAGUCAAAGCCACACCACCCUCACAUCAAGAUCAAUUAAGACGACACUAUUGAGCAGCAACACAAAUGAGUUGGUAUUUACAGAUGCAAUAUCCUCAUAGCUACAUUGUGAUAUCUUGGAAAUCUGUUUAUUUUUAUGUUUGAACCGAUUUACAGCGUAAAUUUUUUUAUAUUUUAGUUGAACUUUUAGCACUUUUACAUAAUCUAUUUGAAAGCAAACAAAAGAAAAAAAAAAGAUGUUCCUUUCAUUUAAUUAAUUGCCAUUCUUGGAAAUAAACUUGUGUUUGCAUUAUUAAUUUAUUUUGUAACUUGGUGGUACAAUAUGUCCAACAGCAUUUCCCUCACUGUUAUGUAAAUAUGAUGCUGUAUAUUGCAGUCGGCUGUAGCUGCAUGCCUGGAAUUCCUGUCUUCUCCAAAAGCCUUGUUUUAAUGUGAAUUAGCUUGUGGAUUCAUUUUUUGCUUUGGCUUUAUAAAGCCUACAGUUGUAAUAUGCAAGAGCUGUGGC